AUGGCGGAUGGGGACACGAAUGGAGGCUUGGGGACACGCCAGCAGGCCCUGGAGAGGAUGUUCUGCACCUUCCCCCAGACCAAGACCUACUUCCCCCACUUCGACCUGCACCACGGCUCCGAGCAGGUCCGCUGCCACGGCAAGAAGGUGUUGACUGCCUUGGGCAAUGGGAUCAAGAACCUGGACAACCUCAGCCAGGCCCUGUCUGAGCUCAGCAACCUGCACGCCUACAACCUGCGCGUCGACCCAGCCAACUUCAAGACACAACCUGAUGUCUUCGCCAGCAUUUAA